AUGGCGGUAGUCUUAGGAGAUAAACCUUCACAGAUGACUGCUUGCAAAGAAAGUGGUGAGGAGCAAGGCAACAGAUCCAGUUACCCCCACAAUGACUUUUUAGAUCGUGCCGGAAGCAUCAGUACUCUUGAUUCCUUAGAUUUUGCAAGAUACUCAGAUGAUGGCAAUAGGGAAACGGAUGAAAGAGUAGCAGUCCUGGAGUUUGAACUACGGAAAGCCAAGGAGACCAUACAGGCCCUCCGAGCCAACCUGACUCAGGCUGCAGAAAAUGAAGUUCCUUUGCAGGAACGAAAAAAUUAUAAAUCAAGUCCUGAAAUUCAGGAGCCAAUCAGACCUCUUGAGAAAAGAGCUCUAAACUUCCUAGUUAAUGAAUUUUUAUUGAAGAAUAGUUACAAGCUUACAUCAAUAACAUUUUCAGAUGAAAAUCACGAUCAGGAUUUUGAACUUUGGGAUGACGUAGGAUUGAACAUUCCAAAACCUCCCGACCUGUUACAACUCUAUCGUGACUUUGGAAACCAUCACGUUGCUGCGAGAGAUGUGGUGGAUGUAUCUGUCGGUGUAGAAGAUGACGAGUUAGAGGCUGCUACUCCUAUACUUGGGAGCGUCCCUGUGUUUGAAGCAACACCACAGUCAAUAGAACAAUGUUUAAUGGUGCAAAAACUAGAAGAUCAAAUUAGUGUGUUAAACAAUGAGAAAUGGUCUUUGAUGGAACAAAUCCAAAGACUCGAGAGUGAAAUAGAUUUUCUCAAGAAUGAAAACUUUGCUGUGUCAACAGUUUAUGGUGUAGCUCCCCAUCCUUCUUUAAAACAAGUGCCUCUCACAGUCUCAGAGGACAACGGACGGUACUUGGAUAUCAAGAGCUCUGAGAAUGACAGUAAACAUGGAAACACUGAGGAAACAAGCCUUUCUUUACCAACUGAAGUGGAUUCAAGGACUUCUAAAGAUGAUACGCUAAAUUCUGUGCCCUGUAAAGAAACAGAGAAACUGUCCUCUUGUGCUCCAUCAACUAAAGCUGCAGUCCACUUUGAUAAACCUAAUAGGAAAUUGUCACCAGCGUUCCAUCAAGCACUACUGUCUUUCUGUCGGAUGUCAGCAGAUAGCCGUUUGGGAUCAGAGGUAUCUCGGAUUGCAGACAGUGAAAAAAGUGUCAUGUUAAUGUUGGGACGCUGCCUGCCUCAUAUUGUUCCUAAUGUGCUGCUUGCAAAGCGAGAGGAAUUGAUCCCACUCAUACUGUGUACAGCCUGCCUCCAUCCCGAACCCAAAGAGAGAGAUCAGCUUCUGCACAUUCUGUUCAAUUUGAUCAAACGACCAGAUGAUGAGCAAAGACAGAUGAUACUGACUGGGUGUGUGGCAUUUGCCCGGCACGUUGGACCAACACGUGUAGAAGCUGAGCUUUUACCACAGUGUUGGGAACAG